CUGAAAUCCCAUGAGCAAAGGUUGAAGCUUUAUUUUCCGUGUUGGGUUUUUAGAAGAUAAAGCAGACAAGGUGGCAGAAGAGAGAUAACAAACAAGAACGACUGAUAACAAACUAGAACGACCGGAAGAGAUAAAUUGGGUGAGUCACAAUGACUGUGGAGGACCGAAGGGACCGGUUUCCGGAGGGUAUGAGAGUUCUGGCCGUCGACGAUGACCCGACUUGUCUCAAAUUCUUGGAGGGUUUGCUUCGCAAGUGCAAGUAUCAUGUUACUACUACCAAUCAGGCAGUCAAGGCAUUGGAAAUGUUGAGGGAAAACAGAAAUAAGUAUGACCUGGUGAUCAGUGAUGUUAAUAUGCCUGACAUGGAUGGCUUUAAGCUCCUUGAACUUUUGGGGCUUGAGAUGGACUUACCUGUGAUCAUGUUGUCAGGGUACAGUGAUGUUGAACUGGUAAUGAAGGGGAUAGAUCAUGGUGCUUGUGAUUAUAUGUUGAAACCUGUUAGAAUUGAAGAGCUCAAGAAUAUCUGGCAACAUGUUAUCCGGAAAAAGAAGUCCGACACCAAGGACCAAAAGAAGUCUUCCAUUGAAGAGAAGGCUUGCAAUGAAACUGGAGAAGGUGUACAAGGGCCUUCACCAACAGGUAGUUCAGAUCAGAAUGGAAAACUGAACAAGAAAAGAAAGGAUCAAUAUCGAGAUGAGGAAGAAGAAAGUGAAGAUGAUGAACAUGAGACUGAGGACUCAUUGAGUCAGAAGAAGCCUCGGGUAGUUUGGUCUGGGGAGUUGCACAGAAAGUUUGUUGCGGCUGUAAAUCAGUUGGGAGUUGAAAGAGCUGUUCCAAAGAAAAUUCUUGACCUGAUGGAUGUUGAAGGGAUCUCAAGGGAAAAUGUGGCCAGCCAUCUACAGAAAUAUAGGCAAUAUCUUAACAGAAUAAGUAGUGGCAUGGUUGCUUCUUUGGGAGGAAAAGAGUCAUCGUACAGACGCCUGGGUGGGCUAGAUGGAUUUAGAGAUCUGCACUCCUUGAGAUCAGGGAGAAUGCCAAAUACUACUUUAUCGACAUACACAUCUGGUGGGAUGUUUCGUAGAUUAAACUCCCCAGUUAGUUUGCCCACAGGAGGAAUUACUUCUUCCAGUCUGGUCCAGCCUGGUCACUCCCAAAACUUGAACAACUAUAUUAAUCAUUUUGCAAAGCUCCAGCCAACUGUGCCUCCACACCAAAGUCCAAAUUUAUUCCAAGCUACUCCAGCAUUAUCAGAGCUCAAUCCGUUGCAGCAGAGCAAGUGCAUCACCCACAAUCCAAAGUCCUAUCCCGGCAAUGAUUCAACAAUUUACAGAAUAUCAUCUACAUUUCAGGAUUCUGGAGUGUCUUCUAGCACACUCCCUUCUGAUUCCAAUUUUUCGAGCAACCCUUUGGUGUUACAAGGCAUACCACAAGAAACACAUAGCAUGGGAGUGUUUGGCAAUUCAACUUCUGUUAAAGCAUCAUAUGACAUUGGCAUCUCUGGUUCCCCUAAUUUUCUGGAUUACAGUCGUUGUAGCGAAAACUUUCAGGGUGGUGCACACUUAUUUAGCUUUCCAUCAAAUGCUAUGUCAAUGAGUGAUCCUUUUAAUCAUGGUCAAAUGCAUGCUGAUAACUUGGGGGUUUGUUCUAGUAGGCCUCAAAUUGGGAACAGUCUGAAUGAGUUUUCUUCCGUAAGUGCACUCUCAGCUUCUGGUGAUGAAUUAAGAGGAAAUGUACAGAAUCAAGAAGGCUUGAUUGGCGAUGUUGUACCAACACUGAAUUACAUGUCAAAGCAAAGGUGGGAAGAACAUGAGCCAGGAUACAACCAUCAGUUGAAUCAAACUUUCAGUGCCAUAACUUCCCCAGGUUCUACAUUGGGUAUUGAUGGCCCCGUAAUCCACAGUUUGGAUCAAAAUGAUGCAGUAUACAAUUAUGAAAGGAUUUCGUCUCUAGUUGACCGGUUAAAUGGGACCACAACCAUAUUCGUGCAACCAAAUGAGGCUGGUAAGUCUUCCAUGGAGACAAAGAUGAAGCCAAAUGAGGACUACUUCUUGGAGCAAACAAGAUCACCUAAUGGCUUCAUUCAGGAUGAUUACGAAUCAUUGAAUGAUAUAAUGAGCACGAUAAUGAAACAGGAUCAAGAUGAGAAUAUCUUACUGGACGCAGAAUUUGGAAGUGAUGCAUACUCCCUUGGCUCAUGUAUGUGAGAAAUUGCUGUUAGUUACUGGAGAAGAGAAUGGCAUUUUCAGCAGUUCAUGCCCUCUAUUAAGGGAACAUCGUUGUGUAAUUUCAUCUCUCGUGCAAUUGUUAACCCAUCUUCAAUUUUCUUAUUUCCUUAGCAACUUCUUAUGUACUUGCAAUUGCAAAUAGGAAAACUGAUAUAUAUAUAUAUUCUCAAUUCUUUCGACCCUUUUCAUUUUUAAGUGAUAGGCAGAGUGA